AAAAUGAAUCAACAAUUUUUAUUACAGCAACGGAUAAUGAAAAUCCAUAUAAAUCAGAUUUUCCAAUGUAUAAAGAUAAUUUUUUCUUUAAAAGACAAAUUAUCGUUUUAUUAAUACCACCGGAUUUUGUUCAACCGGUCGUUACAACUAUGUUUCCACCGGAACCCGAACCGGAGCCUGAGCCUGAGCCCGAGCCAGAGCCUGAGCCUGAGCCUGAGCCCGAGCCCGAGCCCGAACCUGAACCUGAACCAGAGCCCGAGCCCGAACCUGAACCUGAGCCUGAGCCUGAGCCUGAACCAGAUCCAGGUGGAGAAGAACCAGAAACACCAAACGAAGGUGAUGCAAAUAAUAAUGAAGGUGAACAAGAACAACCACCACAAGAACCACCAUUACCACCAGGUGGUGAAAUGACACCAUCAUCAUUAAUACCUGAUGGUAAUUAUUAUCCAAUAGGUCCACCAGAUGAACAACCAAUGUUACCAGAAAAUAGUGAAUCAAAUGGACAAUUAAGACGUCGUUUUCAAAAGCAGAAUUUUUCACCAACAACAACCUUAAAUAACAAUAAGAAUAAUCGUUAUCGCAACCAUCAUUAUCAACGAAAUCGUUUAAAAAAUCGUAAUCGAAAUAAAUCAAAUAAUAAUCAACGUUAUAAACAACGACAAACAACAAAUUCAUAUCGUAAACGUAAACAUAAUAAUAAUAAUCAGAAUAAUAAAUCAAUAACGACAAAACGAAGACGACAUAAAAUUUAUAAAAAUCAAUAA